UUUAAAUAGUGUUGUGACAACAUCAAGUGUACAUUGUCGUUUAUAGUCAAUAAAAACUGGUUCUUAUUUGGGAAGACUGUUUAUUAAAAAUGAUACAUGUUGAUGGUGAUAAUAUAUAAACAUUCUUAAGAUUCAUAAAUCUGCAGCAAAUAUAACUUUUGUUUCGUUUUAUAAAAUGAUUGUGAUGAAUGUCAAAGUUGUAAUAAUAUUAAUGAGUUUAGCAUUAAUUUUGUGUAAAGACUUAAGUGAAAAUGAACGAGCAACGCGAGCGGCUUUUGUUCAAAGGUUGUUGAACAGUAAUAAAUAUCUGGAGGGGAGAAUAAAGUUAGUGGGAGGAUCGAAUAAAUACGAAGGCAAUGUAUACAUCUACCACGCUGGUAGAUGGGGUGCAGUGUGUGAUGAUUCGUGGGAUGCAGCUGCCGCCACAGUCGUUUGUGGAAUUUUCAAUAAAAGUGGCGCAGCGACGCACGGUGGACAGUUUGGUGAAACUGAAGAAAAAUUUUGGAUGGACGACACUGUCUGCGAAGGUGAUGAAAAAUCACUAACAGAAUGUGUAUUUUCUGGAUGGGGUUCUUCUGACUGUGAAAGCAAUGAAGUAGCCGGUGUCAUAUGUGACGAUAAAAUUAAAAAUUCUAUCCCCAUCAAGAUAGAAGAAGAGGAAAAAAUAAAAAUACAUGAAGUUGUCGAUGUUAGAACAGUAAGCUUAAGGCUCGUAGGAGGCAGAAGUAGCAGGGAAGGAAGAGUUGAAAUUUAUUACAAUGGAGUCUGGGGUAGCAUUUGUCCGGAUGGUUGGACUAUCUUUGAGGCUGCAGCUGUUUGUCGACACCUUGCCCUCGGUUUUGCUGAACAAGCUUUACAGACUGAUUACUUUGGAAACUCUGCUAUAAUUUUAAGUGGUGUAGCAUGUGAAGGGAAUGAAUCUAAUUUGUUUAUGUGCAAACAUCGAAACUUUGGUCAGACCUAUUGUCCAGGAGAUAUUGGACAUGUGGCUGCUGUAGUAUGCACUCAGUACUUAGCGGAUCUUCACCUUGAUUCGUUGGCUAUAGUAAGAAGUGCCCAUCUUCAAGAUGUACCUAUGUUUCAACUGCAGUGUGCAAUGGAAGAAAACUGUUUGAGUAAAUCCGCUUAUGAGAUACAAAAAAAAAAUCCGAAUUGGCAAUUCGAAACGCGGCGUCUUUUGCGUUUCACAGCAGCAUCGCUCAAUAUCGGCAACGCAGAAUUCAGACCUUAUCUACCGAAACAUUUGUGGCAGUGGCAUUUAUGUCAUAUGCACUAUCACAGUAUGGAGGUAUUCGCUACUUUCGAUAUUCUGGAUAUGACGGGACGUAGAGUAGCUGAGGGACACAAAGCCUCAUUCUGCUUGGAAGACAAUACCUGCCUGCCGGGGGUCGAGAAAAAAUACUCAUGCAGAAAUUACGGCGACCAAGGUGUGUCUAUCAAUUGCUCGGAUAUUUAUCUUUACAAUAUCGACUGCCAAUGGGUCGAUGUAACGGACGUGGCUCCAGGAGACUAUACGUUCAAAGUUGCUGUGAACCCACACGCCCGCGUUGCAGAACAAAACUAUCACAACAAUGCCGCUGUGUGCUCACUACGUUUGUCGGAUACUAACGCUUACGUUUACUCGUGUAAUAUGGAAAAGCCAUAAAAUGAAAAACUUAACUUUGUUCAUCAGCUCCCGAUUAUAAGUUGAGAUAGUCGUGAAAGGAAUAGACAUUAUUGUGUCUAGAGUACUUUGAACUAAUGUAAAAUUUUGUCUAGGAACCAAAGAAUGUAACCUAAACAUUUUCUUUAUUUAUUUUUGAUUGUGUUAAUCAUUUAUAUAUAUAUAUAUAUAUAUAUAUAUAUACUUGUUUUGUAUGUAUGUUUAAUAUAUGUAAAAAUAAAGUAAGCCAAAAUUUACUUCAUAUUAUAAUUAAAUUUAUUUUAAUAAAAAACGGUAAUGAAUUUCAAA